ACAGUAGAUUGAUCUCGUAGCGUUACGGAGAGAUGUCAAGAGUAACAGUGUGUGCGCGGUUUAGGCCACUAAGCUCAAAAGAGAUUCGAGAUCACAGGGAUGGUAGUGGUGUCUGCGUUCGAGGCAUCGACGCCGAAAACUUCGUUUUCCAAGAUGACAAGGAAGAUGAGUUUACAUUCAGCCUAGAUAGAGUUUUUUAUGAGGACUCUGCCCAAGCUGCGGUUUAUGAGUUUCUGGCUCUGCCAAUCAUGAGAGACGCUGUGAACGCUAUAAAUGGAACAAUCAUCACUUAUGGUCAGACAGGGGCUGGGAAGACAUAUUCCAUGGAGGGACCAGGCAUCCAGGACUCUGAUGAGCACAAAAAAGGAUUACUUCCAAGAGUGGUUGAUGGAAUGUUUGAGCAAAUCAGGUCGUCCAAAGAUAUGGCAAGAUACACGGUUAAAUUGUCUAUGGUCGAGAUCUACAUGGAGAGAGUCAGGGACCUGUUGGAUUUAUCAAAAGGAAACAUACAGAUCAAAGAGAACAAAAAUCAAGGAAUACAGUUGUCAGGCGUUACAGAGGUGCCUGUAUCAGAUUCGGCCGAGGCAUUACAACAUCUAUGUAGUGGUUUAGCUAACCGCGCAGUUGGGGAAACCCAAAUGAAUAUGUCCAGCAGUAGAAGCCACUGCGCUUACUUGUUCACAAUCCAGCAGGAUUCAGUUAAAGAUAAGAGGGUAAAAACAGGAAAACUGAUUCUUGUCGACCUGGCUGGCUCAGAGAAAGCAGACAAAACUGGAGCAGAAGGUAGGGUUCUUGAAGAGGCGAAGACGAUUAAUAAAUCGCUCUCCGCCUUGGGGAACGUGAUAAACGCGCUUACAAGUGGCUCAUCUAACAAAGCAAAUCACGUACCAUAUCGUGACUCCAAGCUUACUCGCAUCCUACAGGAUGCCCUGGGUGGGAAUUCGCGAAUGGCACUGCUGUGCUGUUGCUCACCAAGCACUUCAAAUGCAUCUGAGACGCUCUCGACCCUCAGGUUUGGCAUGAGAGCAAAGCACAUAAAAGCAUCACCACGUGCCAGCGAAGUAAAAUCGGCCAAGACACGGGAGGAACCCUCCUCCGAAACCAAAGAUGAGAAACGUGGGAGGAUCCUAGAGAAGAUGAAAGAGAGAAUGAGCAACGAAGACAUCAAAAUGCUAGAAGAAGUGUUCAUACAGGAAGGGAUCAUUUUCAGCCUAGAUUCUAUGGAAGAAGUGGACACAGCAUACGAAGAUACUGUAUCAAAAACUGUAAUAUCCUUGCACCAAACCGUUGAAAAACUCCAAGUGAAAGUCAAAAAGUUAGAAGCAAAAAACAAGGGUAUUCAGGAACAAGCGUUGCGAAAUCACGAAUCUGAUAGGCUUGGAAGGAUGUCAAGGUUCAUCAGUUCUUGGUAUGCAUCAUUUUUUACAUCCUAAACAUGAUUUACUACCUUAUUGAGUAGAAGACGUGGGCAUGGUAGCUGGUAAAAGAGAUAAGUUGCUGCUCUUUUGAGGUUGUGACAGAUAUUAACAUUCAAAGUUAUGGAACAUAUAAAGAU